AUGACUACCUAUGAGAAGAUAGUCAAGGGGGCGACCAAAGUAAAGGUUGCUCCGCCGAAGCCAAAAUACAUUGAGCCAAUACUCAUGGCUACACUGAUUGAUCAUGCAGUUGAAUCUGAAAAUUUCAAUACAAUUAUGAAGACCAUUAGAGUUAGACUUCAAGAUAAUGCGUGGUCCGUUGUGUACAAGCUGUUGAUUGUUAUUCAUAUUAUGAUAAGAGAAGGCGACAGGGAGGUAACAUUACGGUAUUUGGCGAAUCAAGCUCCGGAGAUGCUUAACUUGUCGUCAUCUAGUAUCCUAAGGAAUCACAAUAAUAAUCCAGACGUUCGAUUUAUUAUUAAGUAUGCCAAGUACUUACAGUCCAGAGUGAAACAAUAUGACGCAACUGGUAUUGAUUAUGUGAGAGAUGAACGUUCGAAUAAUACUACAACUCAGAAUGGCGGAAGGUUGCGUAAAUUGUCAAUUGAUAAGGGCUUAUUAAGGGAGUGUGAAAGUGUACAGAAGCAAAUUGAUGCACUCUUAAAAAACAACUUCAUAGAAAAUGAAAUUAAUAAUGACAUUGUUUUAACUUCAUUUCGAUUAUUAGUUAAUGAUUUGUUGGCUCUAUUUCAAGAACUAAACGAAGGUGUUAUUAAUAUUUUAGAGCAUUAUUUCGAAAUGUUUCGUCUUGACGCAGAGAGAGCAUUGAAAAUUUACAAAAAGUUCGUUGAUCAAACAAGAUAUGUCAUUGAUUACUUAAGAGUGGCUAAGCAUCUCGAGCAUUCCACUAAAUUGCAUGUUCCCACUAUUAAACACGCUCCCACAGCAUUGACUUCUUCUUUGGAAGAAUAUUUAGAUGACCCCAAUUUUGAGCAGAACAGAGAACAAUAUCUAUUAGAUAGGGGUAAAUCAACAUAUCGAAACCUGGAAGGAUCUGCAUUGAAAAAUGAUAUUUCAAUGGUACAGAAUCCACAUAUACUUGAACAACAAAGACAACAACAGGAACAACAAGAACAACAACAGCAACAACAGCAACAACAGCAGCAACUCUUACAGCAACAACAACAGCAACAACAACAGCAGCAGCAACAGCAGCAGCAGCAGCAGCAACAACAACAACAACAGCAACAACAGCAACUAUUACAACAACAACAGCAGGAACAAUUCUUGCAGCAGCAGUUACUUCAACAACAGCAAACACAACAACAACAACUACAACAAUCACAUCCCAAUGACUUGACAAGAUCAAAUACUUUAAUAGUUCAGCAAUCUACGUACAAUCCCUGGCUGCAGAAUCUUCAACCUCAGGCUCAGGCUCAGGCUCAGGGACAGUAUCAAUUAAAUAAUAACAUCCCUUACCAACACACUGGUUAUAAUCAACAGUUACUGGGAAACGGAAACCAGCUAUUUGCAAAUGCAACCGGUAAUGUUACACUGAAUAAUCUUCAAAAUUCACAUUUAUCUCAGCAGGGUUCAGCUCAACAUGUAAACCCUGCUUUUACGGGUGCAGGCUUCGGCGGUUAUGGUCCACAACAAGUGACCGGCUCGAAUCCAUUUUUGCAAAAUUCUUCUUUAAGUGAGCUGUCACGCAAUACUCAGCAAACCUAUCAACCAAGUCAGCCGAUAUCGCAGGUGCCGAUUCAAAGAAAUGAUACGAAUCCGUUUGCACGAUUUACAUCUGUAUCUGAGCCGCAUUCAAAUUCCGCUAACAUGACAGGAAGUAAUCCUUUUGCGAAUACGAGAUUCGCACCUUCUAGUAAUACUACUGCUUUUACAUUUGGCGGACCAGAUAAGAGACCUGAACCGAUCUCUGCGACAGCUACGGGCUCGAAUCCUUUUAAAGUUUCUCAAACUACAACAAAUCUUUUUGAUAGGGUAGCUCAACAAAAUAGUAAAUCACAGCCCUUGCAAAGGCAGGUUACAGCGGGUGGACUAGAAUUGAUGCCAACCAUUCCUGUCUUUUCUGAUACUCAGCGCCAGGCGCAAAAAGAAUACUAUUUGAAUAAGGCGGGAUCCGAGAUACAACUGCAAAUGACAGGAUUGCAAUCUCAAAUUCCGUCUCAACAAGUUGGGCCUCAUUCUCAGCAAUACCAGCAAUACCAGCAAACUGGAAGUUUCGUUCAGCAGCCUACUCAUCAGCUUCAGCAGAUGUAUAAUACGGGUUAUGAUGGCCCCAGCCUAAUUUAG